UUAUUAUUAUGAUGAUGAUUAUUGUUAUGAUGAUGAUGAUGAUGAUGAUGAUGAUUAUUAUGUAUUACUCAGCGUUAUACUGUCCUAUAUCGUUAUUUAUUUUAAGUUCACUAUAUAUGCCUUGCACUAAUUCUCUUCCGUUUUACACUUUAAUUUAGGCAAGUUUAAAAUGUAUGUUAACCUUAUUUAUCUAAUUGUAUUAAAGGUAAUGUAGUAAGUUAAUUAAUUUAGACUUACUAUGAGUCUUUCUUUUUUACAGGACCCUUAAAAGUGACAACAAAGCGUUCCAUCGGACCUCCGUUUCAAGUCCUUUUGGAAACGGAGUUUGCUCGGGCUUCUAUAAAUAAAAGCAAGCAGUAGACUGUAGAACCUGAACCCCUGUGCUAAAGUCGGGUAUUCCGGUUAAUUCGGCAUAUAUUUGACCCAACAAAUCGAAGAAUGUGUAAUAAAAACUUACAUAGAAACUAACAUUAGAUAGCAUUGUUUGCCAGGUUAGCUGCUAUCGUUAGCGUGGAAAGAGUCUCGGUACGAAAUCGGCACACAAAUAAUCAAAUAAACAAAUGAUAUUAACUGCACUAAGAAAUAACUAUGAGCCCCUUUUAUAAUGUAAUUUACUCAGCCUUGAUUAAAUAUAUAAUUGUUUGUUUACUGAAACUGUCCCCGAACUCUAUAUGCAAAUCUACCAUUUUAAAGAUUACCUUUGAUGUGUUUAACUCAUACAUAUCUUUGACAAAAUAUAUGAACAUAAACGGCUUUGUUUUGGUCUUUUGGAUAAUUCGGCAGGUAUUUUAUGCAACAAAAAGUCUUUACUUUGAUAACCAAAUUGAAUUUUAGCCAGUAGGAUCAGCUGUUUUAAGCUAACGUUACCGCUCAAUGCUACCAAACCAUCGACGAAUGGAGAUCGUGUUGCCAAACUCUAUUGAAAAAUCUUUCCAUUAAGGUUUUUUCGUUUUCGUCUUUGUUUUUCAUUUACAAUUAACCCUUGAUAUGGCGUGAAAUAAAACCAGACCCAAAUAAAUAUUGUAUUAUAUUGAAUUCGUGACAUAUUUGAUCAACUUUAUUUCCGCAUUAGCUUUCGCUCCUGUUCACCACUUUGACGAUUUUAUACAAGAAAAUGCGAUAUUUGGUUUAUUAAAGUUAUGCCGAAUUACAGAGUGGUUUAUAGUCAAACAAUAACUGUAAGUUUUCCCUUCAAUUACAAGAUGUAAAAAUAAAAGAAUAAGAAUGAGUGGUUUGUAAAACGUUGAUUCCACUUGCGGUGUUUGCAGUCGGACACAAUAACAAAGGGAACAAUAUCCGGUGUAGAGGGGGAGACGCUGUGUUUUGUUGGUGAUAAAUCUUCUCCCUUUUAUCUGAUUUAAAUUAUUUAAUAAUAAUAUUGAAACAGUUCACAUGGAGCCAGCCCACAGAGUCCUGCUGCGGGACCACCGGCUCUAUCUUUCCGGGCAGCUGCUCGUCUCGGACUCCAUCGUUCCGCUUCUGUUCCAGGAGGAAAUCCUGACGGAAACCCAGGUGGAUCAGAUCGAGUCUCAGCCGUCAGAGAGGCUGAAGACCCUGGAGCUACUGACCCUGCUGCCGGGCCGCGGGCCCCGGGCCUUCAGUGCCUUCAUCCGGAGCCUGGAUGACUACAGCUGGGUCCGGGAGAGGCUGGAGAUGGAGCUCCGACACGGGCAGGAGCUCCAGGGGAUAGACGGAGCCCGAGGACUCGGGGGAGCAACAGACGCCCCCCCUCCCUCGCUGCAGGCUCGCCCCUCGGACCGUUUCUUGUCUCGGCUGGCGGCUCGGCUGGGCUCCGGCUGGCAGGAGGUUCUGCUGGAUCUGGGUCUGUCGGCGGAGGACUUGUUUCGGUGCCGGUCCGAUAACUUGCUCUGCUCUCACAGCGCGGCGUUGGCAGGCCUGGUGCUGUGGAGGCAGCGGGGGGGCCGGGGAGCCACGCUGCAGAGACUGCUGCAGAGCUUGCAGGCUGCCGAACUGCACCCCUCCGUCCUGCAGGAGGCGCUGACAUGACGGGUCUACCGGUUUACCCAAAGACACUUAUGCUCAAUACUUAGGACGAUCCCCACAGCCGGGGGGGGGGGGUCUUUCCUAUGGACAUGCUGACUGCAGGGGGGAUUGAACCAGUGCUCCCCUGAUCCGAAGACCAGCAAACUAUCCCACUGUGCCACAGCCUCCAUAUUCACCUCUGUGGCCUCUUGUGACACUUCAAAAUAAAAGCCCUGCAGCUCUCCAGGAACAGCACCACCAUGGAGUUCAGGAAAACUUAGAGACGUGUUCGUGCAGAAAAACAAUUCUUCUUUCAAAAUAAGAAUUCUCCAGAUCCCCAAAAUAAAAUACGUCUCCACAGCU